UUAUUUGUAAUUGAAGACGGUAGUAGGAACGCGUACUUCUCAUCUCAUUGUUGCCUAUGGAAAUUGGCGAAAUAAUUAAAAGUGUUGAAGUGUGACAACAACUAUAAGCGAAUAGUUUGAAAAUCAUAAAAACUGAAAAUUAAUGGAGCAUUACAAUUUCACACAUAUUUGUAAAAAAUAAUAGCUAUUGAAAUAUUUAUAUGCCAAUAGUGUUUUCUAUAGAGAGUGAUUUUGAAGGUCGCCCUUAUGAAAUUUUUUGAAGUGAAGUUUAAUAAAUCAUCGUAAGACCUGAGCAGUGUAUAAGCAUAAAGGCUUUGUAAUGUUGAACUAAGACAUUAUUAUCCUUAAAUUUAAGUGUUUCUUAAACUAACCUCCAGACUACAGUAAAUAAUGCCCCCAAAUUCCGAAAGUAAUGGCAUUGAAACACAGCCAACAUCAUCAGCAAAUCCAUCAGAUGCAACAGCAGCUACCAACAAUCAAUUCAUAGUGAAAUAUCGUAAAAACUACUAUGACAUCACAAAAUUCCUACGCAAACAUCCCGGGGGUGUGAACACGCUAAAAGGACUACAGAACUCAGAUAUGACAGCACGUUUCAUGCGUGCACCACCCCACUCAGAUGCCGCCAUGUAUUUGAUGAAGGAGUACCAAAUAAAGGAUCUACCAAAGAAAUCCACCAGAAAUGGCCACCACCACCACCACACAAAUGGCAUAAAGGAAACUAUGGAAAUUGUUGAAGAGGAGAGUGAUGACAAAAGUAAUAACAAUGCCCUAGACGAUAGCAUGGAGUAUUUGGUGGACUGGUCCAAAGCUAUGUUGCCACAGAUUCCUAAAAUCGCACCACAUUACAAUGAAUGGGUACACAAACCAGUCGAUAGACCGUUGCGACUAUUUGGUCCCUCAUAUUUGGAGAUGUGUACAAAAACACCAUGGUGGUUAGUGCCAGCUUUUUGGAUUCCUGUUAUAACUUCAAUAAUUUAUACAGAAUUUCGAGAGCCAGCGGUUGCCCGUGAUACAGUAAUGACUUCUAUGCUGGCACUCUACUUCGUAGCGGGCAUAGUUAUGUGGACACUGUUGGAAUAUGUUUUACAUCGCCAUGUAUUUCAUAUGCAACUCAAUGAAACCACACCACCAUGGUUAUGUACCGUACAUUUUCUAAUACAUGGACUACACCACAAAGUACCUUUUGAUCCUAUGCGUUUGGUUUUUCCACCUUUGCCGGCUGUCAUAAUAUGUCUCUCACUGUAUACUCCACUAUCGCUGUUUGUACCAAAACCAAGAGUUCUCACAGCUGGAGCAUUGUUAGGCUAUCUGUGUUAUGAUCUAAUUCACUAUUACCUACAUUAUGGUAAUCCUAGUUUUAAGCAUUUCUAUUUUCUAAAACGCUACCAUUAUCAACAUCAUUUUGCCCAUCAGGAUGCGGGCUAUGGUGUUUCUAAUCCAUUGUGGGAUUUUGUAUUUGAUACGAAAAUAAAUCUGAGAAAAUUAACGUAUCACUUAAAAUGGAAAUAAUGGAAACUUUUGAAAAUAAAAAGUAUUAUUGUAGCAUAAAAAACCAAAAAACCCGUAUUUAUGUUUUAUAGUUUUGUAGUUGUCUCUAGAUGUAUUGAUUUUCGGAACAAAUUAUAAAUUA